AUGGCCUCUAAAACUUUCUCCAUGAAAUUCUUCUCACUACUACUGAUUUCUUCAUUUACCAUCAUCCAACUGGCAACGGCCGGAGAUCCAGACAUUCUCUCUGACUUUAUAGCCCCUCCAAAUGUGCUCGUUGAUGGAAAUUUCUUCACAUUUACUGGCAUGCGUUCUGUUGUUACUGCAGGCCCUCCCACAACCUUCAAAGUCUUCAAAGCAAGCUUGGCCGAAUUCCCAGCACUCAAUGGGCAGAGCGUUUCCAUUGCUGUCCUUGAAUUCCCAGCUAUCUCCACCAACCCACCACACAUCCAUCCUCGCUCUGCUGAGCUCCUUUUCUUGGUUCAAGGUACCCUUCAAGUGGGGUUCGUUGAUACGACCAACAAGCUGUUUACUCAAACACUACAAACGGGUGACAUAUUUGUGUUUCCAAAGGGACUCGUACACUUCCAGUACAACGCUGUUGCGAAUGCAUCUGCAAUGGCAGUUUCAGCUUUUGGGAGCGCAAAUGCUGGACUUAUUUCACUUCCCAACACUCUGUUCAACACUAGCAUUGACGACAAUGUCUUGGCUUUGUCCUUCAAGACCGAUGUUGCCACCAUUCAACAUCUUAAGGUUGGUCUUGCUCCCAAGCCUUAA